CAACAAGGCUCCAUGAAGAGACAAUUGACAGUAAGUAGAGAGUUUUAACGACAAUUUUUCCGAGAUGAUAGAUACAAUUGUUGAUCUCGAAGUUAACAUUGAUGCAAUCGGACGCAAGGAGUUGCAGAGAUUAUCGAAGAAAUUUGGCAUCAAAGCGAAUCAAAAAAGCCAAAUCCUUCGGGAAAAACUUCGUGACGCCAUUUCUCCUUUUCGACAUGAUACUGACGAAUGUCUGACUGAAAUAGGUGAUUCGAAUGAAUGGAAACAGGAAGGAGAUGUAGGCGGAAAUAAAGUUGAAACAACCGAAAAUGGUCGUGCUCAAGGACAAAGAAAUAAUGAAAAUCACGUUCAGAUGAAAGUCCUGAACGAAGAAAGCGGAACAAUUGACAUCGAUCAAGAAGAUGGAAUCGAUAAAGAGGCCAGCGUUGAAGAUAAUAGCAGCAUUGCUGUCGUCGACGAAACAAAUGACCAGAAUGACUCGGAAAAGAAAACGAAGGAGAUAGCGAAAAGUGCGGUGUCCGCUCUCGAACUCGACCACGUGGAGAACGCAAGUGUGACGAAAGGAGAAGACGAUCAUUCUGUAGAUAGCACCAUAGAUUUUACUGAACAUUACGGCAAUGAACAUCGCAAUGAGAGAGAAAUUAAUAUGAAUGAAAGAUAUCUAGAUGGAAUGACCAUUCUUGCAAUCGAAUGCGACAACGAUGAAGUUGGUGACGAGAAAGAGAUUGUAACUAACGGAGGAACUGAGAGGCAUACCACGGACGGAAAACAGAUGGAUUUAGGUAGGGAAACUGCCAUUUUCAACAUAACCUCCAACAAUAAAAGACUGAAAGAUUCUAUGGAUAGAAUAGAAAGGAAGACAGCCAAAAUUACUCCAAUUCUUGACUUCAACGGUAUCGGACCUAUAGGAGCAACCAAUCCAUAUUUCACUGCCCUCUCAAAGGUAGAAGCAAAGGACACUACAAUGGACAACUACGAAAGUGGUGGCUAUAGCACAGUGUGUGACGAAAAAGAACCUCUCACGAGCGAUCCUUUCCAAAAACAAUUGGUAGUUAUGAAAAAAGGUGGCAUUAUUCAAGAAAAGCGACCCAAAAAAAUAGUAAGUAUGAAGAAAAUAAACCCAGGAAAGAGGUGUCGCCAAUCAAACAAACCAUACCACGCAAAAUUUACGUCAAGACUUCCCGUAGCGCAGGAGAAAGGAAAACAAGUAAAAGUUGAUUCUUUUGCGGCAAACAAUAAUCUAUCUUCCAAAGAUAAGUCCAAAACAUCGACGGAUGAGAAACAUAAUGGAGUUCCUUUGUGGAAAAUUCACUCGAAAGAUUUUAUCCGUAAAGGUGAGGUACAAUUGGAGAAAAUUAAAGAUUCAAAACAAGACAAAAGGCUUUCACGACGAAAAGAAGUGAUGCGACGUCCUUUUACUGAUCGUCUGAACCAUAGGGUCGACGCAAAGAAUAGGGAAACUGUAAUAAAAAAGACUACUCCAAAACCAAUGGCCAUGUCAAAGCGAAAUGAAGAGCAUAUGAAGAAAUUCAUGGAGCGACAAUUAGUUGGAAGACAAGACAGAGACCAAAAAGAAAAAGAAAAAAGAUAUGUUCAUUAUGUACGGGGUUAGAGAGCUGUAGCAAUGAAUAUGACUUUUUCCGUAUGGGUACUCAGUAUGAUAACGAUGGUGAAAAUAUAUGAUGAGAAAUAUU